AUGGGUUGCCAAAUUGCCAUAGUCACUGCUCGCGUCAUUUUAUUGUUCCGUGUUCGUACGCACGAACAGUCCACGUAUUUGCGCAGUUGUGCGGAGGAUGUGCUGGAACAUGCAUGCGCUAGCUUACAUGAGAAGCUUGAGCUCAUUGUCGAUGGCAGUUUGGUUCCUUUGCCGCCCAUCGAGGGACUGACUGUCAUCAACAUACCGUUUUGGGGUGCAGGAGUGCGACCCUGGACGGAAAUGGAAUCUCCGCAGGCGUUCGGUGAUGGUAUGUAUUCGAUGAUUUUCUUUGAGAACGGCGGUACGCAAUAUUUGAAAAUUUAG